CCACUUCUCAUCCAUAAAUAACAAGGCUCGACGAACGGCGUUGCGAUAUAAGUUUACCGAGCACAAUCUUAUCAAUUAUCUUGCCGUCGGCGGAAGGGUUGCUUCUAUAUCCUCCAGAAUGAGGUUCAUUGUCCUUGGUAUACUGGGGAUUGUUCCUAAGUCAUUGGGAUCGAGCUACUUUGAGACAUCAUCAGAUGGUUAUCGCCCUUUCGACCCCGGAUACACCAUCGGCGCGUACCCCCAGGACUUUACACUUGUGGGAUCAUCUCUAGAACCUAUUCACGAUUCUCAAAAGCCUUCCACGGGCCUAGCUGUCGACUCCUCUCAUAACCUCUACCUAACUUAUCCUCGCAACUCUGGACAAACACCAAAUAACGUGGUGCUUUGCACGUCUUACAAUGACGAGGUACCAUGGCCCAAUGCAGACAUGCAGAACUGUACUGUUGGUCAAGAUCCCAGAACCUGCUUCAUCAAUGUCCAAAACAUCGUUCUAGACAACCGGGGAAGGCUGUGGGUGGUGGAUAGCGGGAUUCCAGCCAACGCUAGCCCAGACACAAAUGCGCUGUUUGGAGGCGCAAAACUGAUGAGCUUCAACGAGACGACGGGAGAGCACCUCCGGACCUAUGUGAUUCCCCAAGAUCUUUUGUCGCAUAGGAUGAAUAUGAACGAUAUGCGUGUCAACACGACUGCAGGUGGAAGAGACGGGUAUGCUUUUGUUACAGAUGCUAGCAAGAAUAGCUCGUUAUUGGCAGUGGAUCUCGAAAAUGGAAGUGCAGUACGCAGACUGUUCAACACGAGCGUUGUCCGGGCAGACGAGAACUAUGUUGGGUCAUAUGGCGGCGAGCUCAUAUACACUUGGAACGGCACUCAAAAGAGUCAUCUCACUACGGCCGCCGAUGGCAUCGCGUUGGCAUCUGGCAACUUCUACUGGGGCGUCCUGGCUUCCCGGCGCUUCUACUACAUCUCUCAGGAGAUUCUUGUCAACCAGAAUCUCACAGACGAAGAGGUCCUUGCUGCCGUGCAAGACCCGGGUCAAUGUGGUUCAGAACAAGCUGGCUUCACCGCUGACGACCGAGGCCGAGUGUAUAUCGCAGCGAGCGAACAGAACGCUAUAUACUAUGUCGACACACUAGAAAGUGAAACCAAUAUGACAGUCAAUGGUAACUUACCUGGGGGGUCCGGUCUUAUCCCACCAGAGGACUACGUGGUGAAGACGUUGGUGAGGAACGCGAUGAUUCAACAUGCCGAUUCCAUGGCCAUCUUGGACGGUUGGCUGUACUUUAACACAAAUCAGCUUACGUUGGGUCCUGGAUUCCAAUACAAUAAUACAGACAAGAGGAGAGGCCCAUUCCGUAGCUUUAGAUUAUGGAUCGGACGGGGACCAGCGGUGGCAUAGUAUUGUAUGUCCGUACGAAGAAGCUUGUUUGCUGGGCUACCCUCUGGAUCCAAAAACCUAUCUUAAAGACACACAUUGUUAUUUCCUAAACAGAGUUGCAGCGCAGAUUACUAUGCAAGUCUUCAGGGUACAUUCUAUCCUACGAGGAUACCAUUCACGAAAAAUAAGCUUCGAGGUAUCUGGAAGGGUGGACUGGUAUUGAGCUUCUUUUCAUAUUGCUUUGUGUCGAGAAACCUCUCAGU